UUGAUGCUUCAUAUAAGUUUAUAACUUCAUCCAAUUGCUUCAAUGUUUCACCUUGUCACCAACCCACUCCAUAAUGUCUUUCAGAACACCCCUCUUGAAACACAUCCGCCAUGCUCGAGUCCAAAAACGCCCAUUCUCCAUCCACCAUGCCCUCCGAUCUGAUGCCCCCGCGGCCUCGAUCGCAUCAUCCUUCCUCUCCAAAUUCCAAUCCCUAGGCCCUCAAUCACGCUCUCAAGUCCUCGACGCAAACCAACUCCACCUCCUCUCUCUCACACUCAACCGUCCUUCUCUCUACCCGAAUUCCCCCUCCCUUUCCAACGCCGCUGCACCCCCAACCAACAGCCCUCUCCCCGCGGGUUACCAUCUUGUCUAUUUCACCCCCGCAUUCCUCGAAAAUGAACUUGGAGCUGAUGGCACGGAUACCUCGUAUAACCCCGAAUCCCCGUUUACCCGACGCAUGUGGGCAGGAGGUGAAGUCUCUUGGCCCAGGAAUGCAGAGGGGAAACCGAAUCCGUUAUUGGUGGGACAGGAAGUGCGCGAAACGACCAAGGUGCUCAGCGCUGAGCCCAAGAUUGUGAGAAAAACCGGCGAGGAGAUGAUUGUUGUGGGGGUGCAGAAGGAAUUUGAGAAUGAACAUGGGGUUGCUGUGAUUGAUCGAAGGAAUUGGGUCUUUCGAAAAGCAUUGCCCAUCUCGUCUGGCUCUUCAUCCACCACACCACCAACACAAGAUAAAUACUCAGGACCAGCAUCUGCAUCCACCAUUACCUCUGGCAAAACACACACUCGAACCCUCAAGCAAACAGCCGUCACGCUCUUCCGCUUUUCUGCCCUCACCUUUAACCCCCACAAGAUUCACUACAGUACCCCCUGGACACGAGGUGUCGAAGGCCAUAGAGAUAUUGUCGUCCACGGACCUCUGAACCUAAUCUCCAUUCUUGAUCUGUGGCGAGAUACCAGAAAGAAUGGUGGCGGUGAUGAUCCUGCGUUGAUGUUACCGGAGAGCAUCUCUUAUCGUGCUACGAGUCCUUUGUACGCCGAGGAUACGUACCAGAUUGUUCUCAAUGAGGAGGCAGAUACUGGCAAGGUGGAGAUAUUUACGCCUGAUGGCACUGUUGCCAUGAAGGCAGAAAUUACAUCUACUUAGUGUAUAUGUUUGCAAAUAUUAAAUCAAACAUUACAUUUUCUCGAGACCAUUUCCCAGAUUUCUAUUAAGUGAUCUUUAAGCUCCCAUAAAUUUCUUUCUCAAUAUCCAUGAUUAAGC